ACAAAUGUUUUGGAUAGUAAUGGAUUUAAAAACGAAUUGGAUAAUUGACAAUUGUACAACCAAUAACCAAUUAGAAAAAGGCAAUCGCUUUCUUUAGUUUCCUUAACAAAUUUUUAUAAAGAAAAUUUAGACUGUUUGAUGGAUUAUCUCCCAAUAUCUAAAUCGAAAAUCCAUAAUCUUCUCCCUCAAAUCUCAAUCUAGUUUCUGCAUUUUCUGCGAGUGUGUGAAUGACCAGCGCUGCUGUUCUUUUCUACGGUAGAAGGUCUCGAACUUCUAGAACUUUCGAUGACCUAGGGUUUGGUUCUCUUGCUCCUUCACCCUUCUCUCCUUCUUCUUCUACAUCGUCUGAUUCCAGUAACAGUAAUAAUCAGUGUCAUCGUCGUCAUCAUCAUCAUGAUCAUCGAAGAGGCGAUCUGCAUCGUCGUCACCGUCAUAUCAAUUUCGAUCGACCUGACAAAUUUCGCCAUUCAUCAAAUGUUCUGCAGCCUUCUCCUCGCCCUCCCUUGCCGGAGAGUGAAGCACAUCAAGGAUGUAAUGACGAGUCAUCCUCAUGUGACAUCAAUAGCCAAGAAAAUGUGCAUCGCCUACGUGGACGAUAUUAUAGGAAUGACAACCGACUCCCCGGUUCUGUAUUGCUGGCUAAAGAAAGACUUGUUCAAAGAUUAAGAGGUGUAUCAGUUUCUAGAAACAGGGAGAACAGCGUAUCAUCUCCAAGUGCUGCCUCCAAUCAUGUAUGGGCAGUCGAUGAUUUUACAGAAUCACCAUCACAAGCUAAUCAGCAGUCUACACCCAGAGAACAAGGAAGUAAACCCCUGGGACUCACCCAUGAAGCCCUCUCCCAAUUGCACCACGAGAUUUUCAAGGAGCAACAACCUUCGUCAAAAGCAUCAAAUGAAUGUAGCAUUUGUCUGGAGAGCUUUGUGGAAGGUAACAAGCUUGUUAACCUACCUUGUUGUCAUAGAUUUCAUAGUUCGUGCUUGUAUCCCUGGCUACAAACUUGUGGUGAAUGCCCUUACUGUCGCUCUUGUAUUAUGCUCAACUAGCUAGUGAAGUAGACAAAAACUCCACAAGUAAUCUUGUAUGGUUUAUUUGUAAGGAGCUCGUUUUGUUCCAGAGACAAGAGCUUGUUUACUACUGACUACCUAAGGUGCAUUGUGCUUAUGAUUUCGGCUUUGUAAUUAGUUUCUACCUCCUAAUUUAUGUUUAGGAAGCCUAUUUCUUUCCUGAAUAGUAAUGUAUUAAUGUUGGAUUUGCACAGUAUGCUAAUGAAUAGGGUUCACUUGUUGAGAGAUGUAACAGAUUGUUCUACUAUCACAUCAUGUGCCCUAAUCUUUAGAUGAUAUUUCGAGUUUGACAAACAAUAAGUGUAUUUUGUGUAUAAUUUUUUAAUUUGUUUUGAUGUAUGAAUAUGCACUGGCGUUCUACUGAGUUUAAUCUUUGGUUUAACAAAAGAUAUACAUGUGUUUAGCCUAGGGGUGUUUAUUAGCGGGCACAUUGCAUUUCGGGUACCCGAAAAGGAGAGUAGGCUAACGAAUGCGAAAGCAUGGGCUUAAAGGUGGCACGAAAGGUUAAUGACCAUGACUUGAAGGUGCACUAAUAAAACAUGGUUAUAUGCAAGUAUUAAAGUGAUUUAAGUAAAAAAAAGUAAUGUAAACAAGACACAGAGAUUUAAGGUGGUUCACCAUCAAUGAGGCUACAUUCACCAUCCUAGGCUAGUGUAUCAUUAUGUGUUUAAAGGAUAGAGGAGUUUGAAAGCUCAUUACAAUGUUGAAGAAAUUACAUCAAUAGCAUUUGUGCAUGUGAGUAUUACAUUGAGUAGAGAAUUAAAGAGAGUGGUAAGGAUAGAUAAUGGGAGGCUCAAGCUUUCUUGCUUGGCUCUAAUCAAUACAACAAAGCACUACACAUAUACAUAGGCUAAAGGGACAAUGGGGCAGCAACUUCAAAACAGCAAGCAACAGUAUGCAAUUGAACAGAACGGGAGCUGUAGCUGGCUCUGGUGCACUUUUUCCAGUCUGUUGCACAGUCCUCUAGGUCCCUAUGAUCUCCCCUAUGCUCCCAUAGCUUGAUCUAGCUUGUGUUAACA